GAGGAGGUGAACGGAGGGUGAAGAGGAAGAGAGCUGAGGGAGAGAGGGAAAGACAAAAGAAAUAGGAGGAGAGACGGAGGAGAGGCAGAGCGAGGGAGCAGAGAGUGGAGCUGUAGGGAAAUGGCUUCGGAGGAGACGGCUGGAGGGGCACGCAAAGCCACCAAGAGCAAACUGUUCGAGUUCCUCGUCCAUGGAGUGCGUCCCGGUAUGCCAUCAGGACCCCGGAUGCCCCAUCAGGGGGCGCCAAUGGGUCCUCCAGGCCCACCAUAUGGAGGAAACUCCGCUGUUCGGCCUGGGCUCAACAACCCAACGAUGGAGGCCAACCGCAAACGUCCCGCCCCUUCACAACAACACAUCCAACAGCAGCAGCAGCAGCAACAACAGCAGCAAACAGUACAGAACAGAAACAGGAAGAAGCCGGUGGGAUUUCCUGGAGCCAGUGAGAUGCCAGGGAGACAGAUGGACAUGAGAGAGGCCCAAUCAGAUCCCACACUCGGAUCAAACACCAAGAGGAGGAAAAUGGCUGAUAAGAUUCUUCCACAAAGGAUUCGUGAGUUAGUCCCAGAGUCCCAGGCUUAUAUGGACCUGCUGGCCUUUGAGCGCAAACUGGACCAAACCAUAAUGCGCAAGCGGGUGGACAUUCAAGAAGCACUGAAACGACCCAUGAAGCAAAAGCGCAAACUGCGACUCUACAUCUCCAACACAUUCAACCCAGCCAAGCCUGACGCGGAGGACUCAGACGGAAGCAUUGCAUCCUGGGAGCUACGGGUGGAGGGAAAAUUACUUGACGAUCCAGGAAAAGUGAAAAGAAAGUUUUCAUCCUUCUUUAAGAGCCUGGUGAUUGAGCUGGAUAAAGAUCUAUACGGACCAGACAACCAUCUAGUGGAGCUGCUGAGCAGCGGGGCUCAGUGGCAUCGCACUCCCACCACUCAGGAGACUGACGGCUUCCAGGUGAAAAGGCCAGGCGAUGUCAAUGUACGCUGUACUCUGCUGUUAAUGCUGGAUUAUCAGCCUCCUCAGUUUAAGUUGGAUCCGCGGCUCGCUCGGCUGUUGGGUAUCCACACUCAGACCCGCUCGUGUAUCAUCCAGGCCCUGUGGCAGUACAUCAAAACCAACAAGCUGCAGGACUCCCACGACAAAGAGUAUAUCAACUGUGAUAAAUACUUUCAGCAGAUUUUUGACUGCCCUCGGCUGAAGUUCUCCGAGAUUCCUCAGCGCCUGACUAACCUGCUGCUUCCCCCUGACCCCAUCGUCAUAAACCACGUCAUCAGUGUGGACCCAAAUGAUCAGAAGAAAACAGCCUGCUAUGACAUAGAUGUCGAAGUGGAGGAUCCACUCAAAGCCCAGAUGAGUAACUUCCUGCUCUCGACAGCCAAUCAGCAGGAGAUUGCCUCUCUGGACAACAAAAUCCACGAGACUAUUGAGUCCAUCAACCAGCUGAAGAUUCAGAGAGACUUCAUGCUCAGUUUCUCCCGAGAUCCCAAGGGUUACAUCCAGGACUGGCUGAAAUCCCAGAGCAGAGAUCUCAAACUAAUGACGGACGUCGUUGGGAAUCCGGAGGAGGAAAGGAGGGCGGAGUUUUACUACCAGCCCUGGUCUCAAGAGGCAGUCAGUCGCUACUUCUACUGCAAGAUUCAACAGAGAAGGCAAGAGCUGGAACAAGCCCUGGCUAUGAGGAACACCUAGACCAAACCCAGACACCAGCUCCCAAUCUGACAACACUUCUACAGUCUGAGCCACACGAAUGUCCUCAUUAUUGCCACAUUGUUUUCUACACUCAGUGUGUGUGUAUUGGUACGUGUGUGUGGGUGUGUGUCUCCUCGUGUUUUAGUUGUCACUGUGACCCGAGGCCCAAUUACACGCAGCCGUUCCGAGGACCCCUUCUGUUUCUGUAUCAGCCAGUCACGGUGCUCUGCCUCCUAAUAUAUUUUACAUCGAGACGUCAAAUCACAAAUCGUUUCCUAAGUGGAAACGUGUCAUGUUUAGGCCAACAGGAUUUCUUUUGAUACGCGUUUUUCAACGGUUUAUCAGUAUUACUGUUUUGAUCAUUUUAGUUAUAUAUUUAAUUGGUUCCCUCUUAAUGUAGAGGUCUUCAGUAAGCUGCUGCUUAAUGGAGUCGAAUUCUUGGAUAUGUACAAAUGAUUUAACUAUCCAUAUUAGAAUCACAUACAGCAAACUCUAAAAAUUUUGUAUGGUGUGUGCUUAAGGUUAAGGAGGUACGAAGUGGAUGAGUAACUACAGGGAUGGACAAAUCAAGAGGUUAUAUUAGCUAGUCUGCCAGGCAGAGAUACGAGCUGGGUGUAGGAUAAGAGCUACAGAAAAUCGUGAAGUGAUUUAUUUACAUUUCUGGCAUUUGGUAUCCACAUAACUGUGUGAAAAAAAUAUCUGUCUUCCCUGCACACUAACUAGUAAUUAAGCAAAUUGUGAAACAACGAUAGUUAGGGUAUGCUAAAAUUGCAUCAUUGAAGCGCGUCUCACGGCCCUGAAGUGCAUUUUCAUUUUACGAAAGUCAGUCAGAAUUAAGUAGGAAUGAAAAAUUUGUCCAUCCCUGAUACGUCAGUUCUCACAAGUCCUGACUCAGUGUUCGUUCUGUAUUGACUGUGAAGCAUUAUUCUGUUGUAAAUCGAAUCCACUGGUCAAUAUUUAGAGUUUCACACCAUAUUCCACCUCUUUAUUCUAAUCUCUGCACAAUUACAGAGCAGUUCUCAGUCUGAUGUAGGUAGUUAAUGUAUAACAAUUUGUACAUGUGUACGAAUUACUCUGUUCUGCACACUAAAGCCACAAUACAAAGCGGAGACGCAAUACAAAGUGUAUUUUUUAUCAGUAUUUAUAAUGUGUGGAACCCAUGAAGGAUGAAAUGACAUUGUGUAAUAUGUGACCUGCUCCAUCGUUCAAGAUUUUCCAAACCUUUUUCGAAGAUUUCAGAGAUAUGACCUUGAGCUUUUAUUUUUUCCACUAAAAUGCAAUAUAUUCAGAUAUAAAGCAUCAUAAACCCCCCAGCUUGUUCGUUCAAGUUUCUCCAAAAUAAACAGAAGAAAGCAGGAGAGCGAUGUAAUGUGGAGCUGAUUAGCUUUUAUACAGCUUUUCCUCCAAAAGUAGUAAAUGCCCCUUUUUAAUGUUUAAGAGCUUCCCAUCUAUAUUUGUUGGUUGACAUUUACAACAGUAUUGGCACAGUCUAAAAGCGGAGACCUUAUUUAAAUCAUAACCAAAAAAAACCCAAAAAACAGACCAGAAGUGGGUUUAUAGAAGCACAUCGUUUCUACACAAACAGGCCAAACUCGAAACGAUGUGGAACAUGUCACAUAUGAUUAAAAUCAUGGGAUCAAGUUCUCGAAAAACAAACCCAUGCUGUUUUACUAGAGUCAAGUUUAUAUGAAGUAUAAUGAGCUACGCUGCUGGCCAGCAGUCCAUGUGUGAAAAUCUUGCUGCUUUCUCCAGCUGAAUCUUAACAUUUGAAUGAAGUUCGUCGAACAACAGCUACUACUUAAAGUAUUGAAAUUGGAAGUAUUUUUUUAAAACCCCGUCGUUUUGCGAGGUCUUUAACCUGCAAUGAAGGUUGGGUGAAAGUCCAGUAUCAAGCACAGUCAGAAAAAAAAAGGAAUUGGACACCUUUGCUUAAAUGCUUUAUUCAACAGACCACAGGUCAGGAUUGAAUGAACACUGACGCAUGAUUUUAUUGAGGGUUAUUUCUUGUGGGUCCAAAUCCUCUGUUUACUGUACAUGAAAUUAUUAACAGUACUGAUAUCGUAUUCUGUCUGUUUUACGGCUUUCAUGGUGGAUUUCUACCAGCGGUCUCAGCAGCUUAGGGUUAAGGUAUUUAUUACGUAAUUUCACAAUGAAGGGCACUGAGUGAACGCUGUAGAAACUGUUAUAUAUUAUGUUUAGUUUGUAGAUUAAAAAAGAAAAAGAAAGAAGAAAAAAAAACACCUCAGUCGAGUACCACAACUUUUCAAACUUUUGCACUAAGUUGUUAAUCACGAGUCAGUCAUUAAACACUGUUCGCUUAAUACAAGGGAACGAAAUGAAGGAAAAGUUGACCUGUGCUCAUUUUGCUAGUCGAUAUGUUGUGUACUGUAUCACUGGUGUAAUAUUGUCCUCGCUCCCCAGUGGCUGUGUGUGUUGGUUCCCAGCCCAGUUAGAGGGUUUUACAUCCAGGUAUAAAUGGAUCCAAACGCAUCUUCUCAUGGAAGAAGAUUUCACAGUUUCAGCGCAGCCUCGGUCAGAAACGAUCGCCGAGGGUCAGCAUACACUUUCUUAAAAGCCUAUGCAUGCUGCAUGGACAGAUUUUUAUACUUUCAUACACGGACGUUUAACACUCUUCAGACUGACGGAGGAAACCAGAAGAACACCGAUACUCACAGAGGGUCAAAAAAAAAGAAAAUGGACAAAUGAUGACCCCUUCUGGUCAGCUACUGUUUUUUUUGUUUUGUUUUUUUUUUAAUCUUCUGUAUUGCUGUUGUCUUGUCUUUAUAAAAGACUUAGUGAUUUUAGUAUGGAAAAAAAAAUAGCACACAACAGAUUUCUACCAAGAUUCAGCAUCCAGGUUCUGUGUAGUUCAUCAAGACUAGAGCGUCCCCUGCUGAAUCUCCUGAAUCACAGCAUCCACUGUAUCACAGACCACGCUACAUUUCAGCUGUUACAGCUUCGACACCGUGUGGAGCCUUAAUUGCCCACUAUUUUCUGUUUUCCUGCUGAUUUCUGCAGUUCACCUGGUGGAAUGAUGAAGCCACUACAGAUCCAGAGUCUAAAAAUCUGUCACUAAUGGUGUUAUUUUUUUAUCAGUUGUUCUAAACAAGUGCAACAUGUUCAUCUGAUUCCAUAUUUACCACAGAGAUGACACUGACAUUGCACUGCUAGGUUAAAACACCACCCAAAAAAGAUCCACCAAAUUAUGCAAAGAACAACGUAAGGCAUUAUUAGAUUUAUUUUCAUAGCUCAUGCAAUCCUUUGUCUGACUUUUAGAGCCUAAUGCACGAGUACGCUCAAGUUGUUCCUUUUACAUCGGCUUACUCCUGCAUGCGAAUCUUCACUCACGUCUCAAGUCAAUUUCCACCAGCUCUCGAUGCCAGCCGUGGCCUGUAUUUUAAGUCUGAUGUCAACACAGAGCAGUUUGUAUGCAAUGGAUGCACAUGAUGUAUUAACCGAGUGGUUUUCUAGUCGAUGUUAAUGAACUUUCUGUACACAUGCAGUAGGGUGACUAGGGUGUUUUUGAUGCUACACUAUGAUUACAUUUCUCACUCUUCCUGUUCUGCAUUUUUCUGUUGUUCCACUUUCAACCGAGAGAAAGUAGUAGAAGAAUCACAAGUGUGGAUGUAAAUAAAAAAAGCGCUUGCCAAAGUUUGUAAAAGAAACUGG